UCUGCACUGCACAUACUGCACUGCACUCACUUACCGGUACUGGAUCGGAGAUCUAGGGAUGAAUUGACAGUGGAAGUGGUAUCGUCGUGUAACUUGUUGAAAUUGAGAGUAGACUCCAUUUGGAUUACUGCCACACUGUAGCUGUACCGUACUGUACUUCGACGCGGGGUAAUCAAAUUUCGAAAGUUGAAAGUCAGAGAAUCAGUCAACGAUGCCGAAAAAGAAUGCUGCUCAAGGUGACAGUAAAGACUCUGGAAUUUUACUCAUUGAUGAAAGGACAAAAGCAGUAAUGACUGACCAACCAAGACAUGCACAAGAAGCUUUCAAGGAACAGAUUGCCAAAGUUCGUGAGUUAGUUCCUUCGCGGAGUAGAGAUGAUAUUGCACUGGUUCUUCAAUGCCAUGAGGGAAAUGUGGAUAAAGCAGUACACUCAUUCAUGGAAGAUGGAGCCAAAACUGUUUUGAAUGAGUGGCAGUCGCAUGGCAAGAAGUCUGCAAAUAAGAGAAACAAGAAAAAGAAACGAGGCCCUGAUGCACCAGAUGAGAAAUCAAAUGGUGGUGAUGCUGCUGUAGCUAGUAAAACAGGAAGUGCCAGUGCCACUGCUCAGCCAGUCAACACCCACUCUGCACAACCCACCAGGAACUUCACAAAGCAGAGGCCUCCCUCUUCACAGCAGCAGCAGCCAAGACAGUAUCAACAGCCCAACAACAGACGAGGAGACAGGGACAGGGAUGGGGACUACAAUCGAGGUCGACCCCACCCAAGGGGGCAUCCCGGGGAGGGGAGGGGCGGGGACGGGGCCAGGCCUGGAAGACAGCAACCAACCAGUGCAGCUUCUCACCAUUUGCCAGCAGAGUCAGGUAAACAACGUUCUGAAAAGGGUCACCCCUCUCAUAAAACCUCACCUCAUGAUGACAUGGUAGAGAGGUUACUGCCAGCGGAGAGCAGUGAGAAGGUCCAUCAUAUAGACAGUGAACUACACUACCAAGAUGCUGCCAAAGCAAAGAAAUUAGUAGCAGUACUAGAACGCUCAACUAAAGACCUCCACAGAACGUCAAUAGCACUAACGAGACACAAAGUUAUGCUGCAAGAUAAACUGGACCAAUCAGAGAAGAGUAUACCAAAGUCCUUUGACGAGAUCCAGAGGUUUUUGAACGAGAGAAAACUAACAGUUACCAAUGAAUUCUUAGAAGUGAAGCAAGAGGCAACUGAGAUGUUGGUGGCUCGUGAGGAGCAGGCUAAAGAACUUGAAAGGAAGACUCGUAGAGCAGCUACCAUGACAGAGGUGGAAGUCCUAGAACUACGAGCCGAGAUCAAGCAAUUCGUAUCAGAUCGGAAGGUGGAUGAGGAGAUCGGCAAGGCUCUGAGAUACACAUGGAAUCCAGACAAGCUUAUUGACCUGAUCAAGAACUUUGCUGAGGUCAUCCCCGUCCAGCACCAUUACACCACCCGACGUCCUUCCAUCUCGUCCCUCUCCAGCAUCAACACCAUGUCCAGAACCACCUCGGUCAGUGAGGACCAUGGAGGACCACUCUCUGCCCGUAGUAUCUCCCUCACCGAGAGCCAGGACUCUGCCACCCUGGGGGGCAAACCUCGUCCGUCAAACGAUAUCGAUAUGAAAGCUGAGGUGGCCGAGAUGGCAGCCAAGCUACAGAGGUCCAUGACACAGGGCCGAAAAGGAGGAGCCAGGAACCAAACGGGACCAAACCCUGAUAAUCAGAAGAGCGGUGAUAGGUCACAACAGCCCAACAGAGGCCAAGGGAAAGCGCAAGGUCAGCAGCAACCCCAACACCAGGGUCAAGGGGGACCAAACCCCAACAAGCAAGGUCGAAGCCAGAACAGGCAGGAUAAGCCUCAAGGUCAAUCUGGUUCAAGGCAGGGUCAGCAGGGGUCAAAACAAGGUCCAGUGUCACAGCAAGGCCAGCCCCCGAAAGAUCAGAGGCCCCAAGGUCAGAGGCCUCAAGGUCAAAGACCACAAGGUCAGAGGCCACAAGGUCAAGGUCCAAGGCAGGGUCAGCAACAGCAGCAGAGAAAUGAAAAUGAGGAGCAUGAUGGACAGAAGAAGGAGAAUAGGAAUGCCAAGAGACGGCAGAGCCGCAAGCAGAAAGAGCGUAAGCAACCAGAUACCGAUGAAGCAUCCAAUCCACAGGCUCCAAAGGCCACCUCUGUGCCAGAGGAUAAGCCAGAAGAGAAGCAAGCAGAUAAAAGAACAGAAGUUAGUAGUAAUGUGCCUGUCGCUGUCUCAGCUCCAGCUGAUAGUCCUCAACCUAGCGAAGUCCCCAAAGUGGUUGAUGUGCCAACAGAGACUGGACAGGAAAAGCAAGAUCCUCAACCUAGCGUAGCCCCCAAAGUAGUUGAUGUGCCAACAGAAGCUGGACAGGAUAAGCAAGGUCCUCAAGCUAGCGAAGUCCCCAAGGAGGUUGAUGUGCCAACAGAGAUUGGACAGGAAAAGCAAGAUCCUCAACCUAGCGAAGUUCCUGAAGUGGUUGAUGUGCCAACAGAGACUGGACAGGAAAAGCAAGAUCCUCAACCUAGCGAAGUUCCUAAAGUGGUUGAUGUGCCAACAGAGAUUGGACAGGAAAAGCAAGAGGUGAAGCAGGAGUCUGUCAGUGAUAGUCAUCUGAAGGAAGAUGAGAACGUAAUAGAGGAGCCUCUCCCGUCCAAUGAGAUAGACAGUGGGAAAGUAAAUGGAGAGAUGAAGGAAGAGCAUGAGCCAAAGAUGACCAACGGACCUUUGAAGAAUGGAGAUGUCAACAUGAAUGGGGAUAUCAAGAUCAACGGAGAUGUACCCCAUGUAAACGGGGACAUCAUCCCUGAUGAUGAAGUCAAUGGAGACGUAGAUGCCCCUCUCCCACAGAGAGAGAUCAAGUCUCGCCGCUCACAGAAGAUAGAGAAUGUAGUCAAAGAAACCAGCACCCUCAAUGGAGAUGCUGAGCAAACAGAGAGAGAAAUUGAGUAAUAGUGCUUCGUUUAAAUCUAGAGAGGAAAGCUGACCAAAUCUACGGGAAGAAAUUCCUGAAAUUAUUGUUUUCACUCUCUACAAAAUUGAAUGAUUAAAGUGAAUCAUAUAUUCAAGCAUAUCUGUAGUGAUGCUGCCAUGUUCAUGAAAUGCUGAUUUAAAUACAACCAAAUGUGUGAGAAACACUCAUUUGUUAUAUAUUUUAAGAAAUUGUCCUGUAGACAGAUCUGUCUGUGCCCAAAAUUGAGCUUAAUGGAAGCAACAAUAAUGGUUCAGUUCAUAAUCUUGCAAAAUAUGCUGCUAUCUGUAGAUGGAAGAAUCAAAGAACUUAAAUCAUUGUUUUGUUGAAAGGCACUUUUUUUUCAAAUUAUCUGUUCAUGUUGUUUUUCAAUAGGAUUUGUUAAUAUAGAUUUCUGUGUUGAUGGGCAACACCAUGGGUUUAGAUAAGUGUUAUGGGUUAUUCUAUUCCUGCUCCAAUCAACACAAAACAUAUAUACUUAAACAUGUACCUUGAAUGUAUUCCAGCCAAUGAGCAACGAGAGAGACCCUUCAAUUUACCAGUCUUUCAAAAUGCUUGUUAUUACGAUUCCUGACAUAAACAGUCAAUAGCAUUGAUUUCAUUAUAACCGUGAUAUUAUGUCUUUGGGGACUGCAUAUGCUGAAUAGUUUUCUAUGAAAGAGCUGCACACAUGCCUUUAUAUACUAGCUCCUAACUGUUACAAACAUUAUAAUAAAUUUAUUUUUGUAAUCCUUUUAAUCUAUUAUCCAAGACAAUGUGACACUCUACACAGUUCUGAGUGCAUUAUUUUCAAAAUCUAAGUCUUUUUGCUACAAAUGUCUCUUUUUUUCAAUAGCAUGCUGCAAUCAAUAUCAUAGUACAAUAAUUUUCGUUCUAUGCAUUUUCAUCUCUGCUUCAUGCGAUGAGGCGUCUUGAAAUGGUUGAACUUUAUUUUCCAGUAUUUCUGAUACGCCUAUAUGCGUGAUUGUAAAUAAAAUCAGAUUAUGAUAUAUUUUGCUUCCUUAUUUUCAUGUUGAUAUAAAGUUUAUAUUUUAGUUAUCAUUUUUGUUGAUGAUUAUUUAGAUUUUGGAAAAUUAUAUUUAAUGGGACAUUCGUGGCUGAUUUCUUGCAACUGCUUGAUAGAAUUUCCGUUCUUCAUAAUUUCUUUUUUCUCCUUGUAAUUCAAGGGUUUUCAUUUUGUUCUCUUAAUUGAUAUAUAUAUAGAUAUAUUUAUCUACUCCUGAUAAUUACUGAAAGUCAGCCUUAGGCCAGUCAUCUCAAUAUAUUUUUUUAUAGCAGAAGAAAAGAUCUGCUAUGUAGAGUCUCAUUGUCAUCAUGAUUGCCUGGAAAUCAGUCUGGGAUUACAUCGAAAGAUUUUUUAUUUGCAGAUUUACACUGUAGAGCUGAGAAUGUAUGGCAGUCAUUAUUUUUCAUGAAUUAGUAUUUUUCAGAUAUCGUCCAGAUUUCUUUGCCAAAUUGGUGUUGCAUGUACUUUAUACGGUAGAGGUGAAUACAAAAUGUACAUGUAAAACAUAUCGAUAGUUUAGGUUUCAUAAUAUAUUUUCAUGUAGAAAAAUAUGUAUACAUUUAUUCAAUCACUUACUUAGAUUGUCAUAUUUUUUUCUCUCAAAAUGAUAUUGAAGAAAAAAAAUCUGCUCAGGUAUGUUAACAAUAAAGUAAGAGUGUAAAAACAGUAUACAACAUAAAUGAUACUUAAUUCUAUUUUGUAAUGAUUUCAUCUACGAUAUCAAACACUGCUGUACAGAAAGAAAUUCAUUUAUAUAUAUGUGUAUAUAGAAAAAAGGAAUGGUAGAAAGAGAAACUGGAUAGGUGCGUGACCUGGUAUGGAAUGAUGUAAUGGGUCAUUACUCUUGGCACAACAAUGGAUAUUGAGGAAGGAGAACUCAUUGCUAUAGGAAGCACAGUUUUAAAGAUUUAGCUCAGUUGAAUGCAUCUGUCACUUCUCUAUUAUGUUUUCUUGUACAUUCAUGCUCAUGACAUGACGUAAAUAGAAAGGUAGUAUGUUGCUAGAGCACUUCACAUGAAAUACAAUAGUAAACAUUGAAGCUAAAUUUGUAGAUUCCAAGUGUAUUAUGAUGUGACUUUUCUUUUCGCUUCCUCUCAUUUUGCACUUCAAUUUCAUUUCAAGUUUUGACUUGUGUUUAUACUGACAUGAAUUUUAACACUUUUUAAAUGUUUUUUUUUAAUGUAUCUUAAGUGCAAACAUUUCAUUUCCAUGUCAGCCAAGUAGGUUUGCAAUUAGAGUUGAAGCCUUGUCUAUUGACAUAGUUGACUGACACAAGAUUCUCUCAGCCUUGUACUGCAGUCAUCGACUCCAAACCAACAAAGAUGGAAUAAACCUUACAUUA